GUAAACUUUCUUGUGAAGAGUUAAUAAGAUCUAGACCCUACAAAAACCCACAGUCCACAAACAAAAAACCAUCCACCAAUUACAGACCAACAACAUAUUUGACAAGAUCUCUUAUUCUCUUUCUUUUCUUAUUCUUCAUCUUCAUCUUCUUGAAGACAGUAAGUCAGAUCUCUCAUCAAACUCUUAAGUAAUUGUAUAAUGGAAUUGACUUCUUUUGAUCUAGUGUCAUUUUAUGAGGAUCUUGCUAUGUUUACUUCUUCUUCUUUCAUAUUUAUACAAGAUUCUUCAUUUUGGUUCUGAUUUAACAUCUUUGAUUGAUUUGAUUAUAUACAAUCCUUCUGGAAAUUUCCCCUUAAGGUUUGGAAUGGUGGGUCUUCUUCUUCUUCAUCAUCAUCCUUCUCUAGAUUCCCCACUUCCUCUUCUUCCUUCAAAAUGCAUCUUGACUGCAACCCUUUUUCCUCAUAAAGUCCCCACAUCUCUGCAUUCCCACGUUGAGUUGUUCCCUUCCCUCUAGAGAGAGAAGUCAUUUACUAUUAUUAUUACUCACCAACUGUUUGCUUAAUUGUCUGAACCAAAUAACAUGAAGAGAGGAACGCAAAUGGGAAUGGGAAUGGGAAUUCUUUCUCCUGCAAUCUACAAUGAGAAUAAUUCUCGGUGGCUGUUUGAAGAAAACAAAGGAAUUACAAAAUGGACGGCGGAAGAAAACAAGCUUUUCGAAAGUGCUCUUGCUUUGUUCGAUAAGGAUACACCUGAUCGUUGGUAUAACGUUGCUGCAAUGAUCCCAGGGAAGACUGUUAAUGAUGUGAUCAAACAGUAUCAAGAAUUGGAAGAAGAUGUUUUCGACAUUGAAGCUGGUCUCAUCCCAAUUCCUGGCUAUAAUAAUAAUAAUAGUAAUAACAUUAGCAGAUCAAGAACAAGAACAAGCACUUUCACUUUCGAUUGGAUGAUGAUGAACAACGGAAAGAGAGGACCCUCCUCUCGCCCAUCCGAACAAGAAAGGAAAAAGGGUGUUCCUUGGACAGAAGAAGAACACCGAUUAUUCUUGAUGGGGUUGAAGAAAUUCGGUAAGGGGGAUUGGAGAACAAUAUCGCGUAACUUUGUUACAACGAGAACACCAACUCAGGUAGCCAGUCAUGCUCAGAAAUAUUUCAUUAGACAGUUAUCAAGUGGGGGGAAGGACAAGAGGAGAUCAAGUAUCCAUGACAUCACAACCGCUCAUCUUACAUCAGCAGCAUCGCCGGAAAGUGAAGGUGGUGGCGGCGGUGACAAGGUAUUAAUAAACUUGCAAUAUGAAUUUCCAAAUGGCAUUAUUAUGUUAAAGUGAAAGUAGUAAAAUUGUUACUGUUAUGUUUAAUUUGUAUUCAAAUAUCCAUCACAGUUAGAAAUGAAGAUGUUAUUAUUGUGUA